AUGAAUAUACUGCCGAAGAAAAGGUGGCAUGUGAAAAACAAGGAUAAUGCUGCUCGUGUAGAAGCUGAUGAGACGCUUUUUCGGAAGAAAAAGAAUGACUUAGCCGUCCGAAGCUUAACGCAAGAGGCUAGAGUGGAUUAUCUUAGGAAAAGAGCUCAUGAUGCCAAACCUCCCGAAGACUCGAUUCUUAAUGCGCAGGACGUCCUGCACUUGUUCGCAGAUAUUGAAGGAAAUCGCAACCUUUAUGCUUCAAACAAAGAGUAUGAAGAGGAGUUAAAGAAGGAGAAGGAAACGCACGAGAAAAAGCUCGGAAUUCUCAAAUAUCUUGUUGAGUCCGAUGGCAACCUUGCUAAAGUAAAACCUUGGUGGUCUGAGGUUCCUAAACGUGGUAAAGAAAAGAAGCUACUUGGAACCCUCUUAGAUUCAGAUGAAAUAGAAGUCCAGCAGAAGCAACGCUCCGAUCCUCUCUUCCAGAUGAAAAAAGUUGAAGCAGAAUUUGCACGCAUUCGUGAGGUAAAGCAGACUAAUGAAGCUAAAGAACGUGCCGCUGCCGCUAAAAUUAUGUCGUCUUGUUCUCUCUUCCCGGAUGACAUUAAAACUCCUGGCUCCAAACGCUUAUGCGAAGAUCGAGAUGAUCCGCGAAGAGCUGCAGAUGUGAAGUCUGCAAAGAAGGAGAGGUUGGAGAUUCUCCGCGCGGAACGUUUAGUUCGUGAGCGUGCUGAACGUGAUCGAGCAGCAUUGGUGCUGUGCAGAUCGAUGGGUCUUUUGACGGCAGCCAAGGCGGUAGUAGCGAAAAAUGAAGAGACGGUGGUAGUGGAUGAGCGGCAUUUGCCAUUCAAUUCAGCCUUCAAUCCUGAGCUCUCUACUCUGGCAGCAGAGCGACGGAACGCCCAUCGUUUCGAGGUGCACCGGAAGCAAAGAUCGUUUAAGUGA